AUGGGCAAGGGAAGCAACGCAUGCAAGAAAAACACCGCGCGGGCGCGCGCUGACGAAGCCAAGGCCAAGGAGCCCAAGUCGCAGCUCAAGUCAAACCAGGCGGCUAUGUCUAUUAAGUGCAAGAUUUGCAUGCAGCCCUUCAUGAAGACGCAGAGCGUGUCGCAGCUGAACGAGCAUGCGACAAACAAGCACAGCAAGACCGUCGCAGAGUGCUUCCCCGACAUGGCGAGUUGA